AUAUACAUGUUGUGCAUUUAUAUAAAACAUUACAUAGGUAUUAGUAUUUCGGUAUUUCAGUGAGGGUUGAUGUUCAGAGUGGGGUUUCAGGAAAAAUUCAGCUCUGUCAAAUUUUACAGCAAGGAAAGUUACUUUUAUGAUCACAGCAGUGACCAGAACAGGACAUGAUUAAUGUAUCAAGGCUUGUCUGCUGUCACCAUAAAGCUUCCAAAUUAGUUAAUUCAUUAAGACAUCAUGAGGUCUUAUAUAUGUUUAUAUAUUAACUAUUGUCCGAGGCAUUUUUCUCAUCUGUGGCCUUUUCACAAACUGCUGACAACACUUCAGAAAACCUUGCAACAAAGAAGUGAGUUUUAUUAGCCUUUUAAGAGGAUGGGUGCCUUUUUCCCCAAUGACUUUUGGUACAUUUGUCAUUAAAGCAGCUUAAUAGUAUUUCAUGUGUCCAUUUGGCCUUACUGCUGCUUGCAGCAGGUGAUACAUAUUUCUGAAAAUCAGAGCAAUGAUUGAUGGUGUAGUACCAUGGUCCUUAGAAAUACUUUAAAAACAGACUUCAUAAAAUCUGUUGAAGCUUUCCGAAAAAUUGGUUCGAUCCUAGGCUAAAUGUUUAGAGAAUGUUGCUCUCUAUGAUAUUUUUAAAAUUAUAAAACAGAUUCAAGUAGUAGGGCAUUUUAUAUAAAUAUAGACUCAAUAACGAUCCCAUGUGAAUUGUAUUAAACUCAGUGGGAAACUAUCUAUUAACCUUAGUAAGAAUAGAAUUAGAAUUCCAGAAACUGAAUUCUGCUUUAGCAGUCCUGUGUCAGGGGAUUAUUAAAAUACCAUUCUGAUAUGAAUUACUAUCCUGAUAUGAAUUACCAUAAAUGAUGUAACAUCCAUCAAUGAACUGGACAAUUAGUAGUACUAGUUAGUAGCAAUGUCUGUAUAUUAGUUUCUGAUGUCAAGGUGUGGUGCAAAAGAGAAGUGAAGCUGUGUAAAAAUUCUUUCUUUUCAUGUGCUGGGGGACAAAAAGGAAGACUUUUUGCAUUUGCUGUUAGUGGAACCAACAUUCCUAUCAAGAGAAAAAGGUGAUUGAUUUAUUUAUACAAUUCUUUUUCAGUGUAGGACUAUUGUCAAUUUUUGUCACAGCUCGCUCUUGAGUGAAUGAGAGGCUGAGUUUGCACUUCGUCCAGUGGGGAUCCCUGGGGUGGGACAGCGGUUAUUUCUCCUGUUGGGGUUAUUUUAUCAAAUUAUUAUGUGUUCACUUUUGGGUAUUUAUAUUUUUUUAUGUUAAGGCUUUAUGUUAGCCGUAGAAAUCAAGAAGAAUGGAUUAAUAUUGUCCUCCCUAGAAUGACUCUUGUUCUCAUAGGCGGCUCUCAUGCAGCUUUUGAAAUAGCACUGUGUUUCAGGUAGUGACAACUACAGAAAGAAAUUCAGUUAUCGGUUAGUUUACAGUAGUAAUGACUACAUUUUUUUACUGAUUCAUUCUUUUGCACCUUUAACAGCAUUUGUUUAGGAAGAAAAGCAGAGGAAAGACAAAUUGGUAUUAUACAGAACGAAAAUUGUUUAUCAUCUCAGUUCUCAUCAGUUUCACAGUUCUCUCUAUAUUAAAUUAAAGAUCAGUGAAGGAGAAAAGUAGAUUACAUUUCCAUUGUGAGCUAGAAAAUAGAAAUGCAUGUACAACAGGUAUGCAAAGUAGCUAAUGGAAGUAAAUCAAAUUUUUAAAAGGCUGUGUGUUACAGAUAAAUGAAAAUAAUUUUUAAAUUACUUGUUAAUUUCUUAAUUCAAAGAUGUUUUCACAAAACCAAAAUAAAUUGCAAUGCAUGAUUAUUUGAGAGAACUUUUAGUUUCCAUACCUUACAGGUCCAAAUCUUGAGUAUUAACUUGAUCAAAAUAUCAAGAACAAGGAAGCGGAAAACAUAUUACUGUUUAAUGUACAAAAUACAGGCAAAGGCUUGCCAUAGCAACCAGCUGUUAGGUGAGACGGGUGCUGUGGUACAUGGGCCUGCACUGUGCUUACCUCUUUAUUACCCAGGAUUGCACAUGGGAGGGAUUUUCGUCGUCGUUGGAAACUGAUCUAUUUGUCAAUUUGAUUGUUUUCAUUCCAUUUUUAAAUUGCUGGGUGAAGAUUGCAUGUGUACUGUUUCUGAAUAGCAGCGUGCACCUUUCCUGUCAAAACCAAGGCUUUUUGUAAAAUAAAUGUCUUUUCAUGAGCGUAAGAUACAUUAUUAGUACUUGUCACUUUCUUUAUGAAAGUAUCAGGUACGAGGGAUUUAUAAGCUUGAGACUAUUGACUAAAUUGAUGUCUCUGAUUUUUUCCUCUUGCAAAUUAAAACUCUAUUUCUUUUUUUCUCCUGUAAGUGGAGGCAAAAAAGUAGCUGGUAUCCCUUCUUACAUCUUCUCUGCUUAAAGCUGCAUCCACUCAAAUGACACCAUUGCCAAAUCUGUGAAAAUUGAAGAAGAGGCUUUAUCACAACCAAACAGACAGAGAAAGAUACAGACUUGAAGAAACGGCACUUCUCUAAUUCUUUCCAAAAGUUCAGAAACUCACCAAAAUCUGGUGGAUUAACUCCACCGGUCUUCCUGAUUUGAGAUGUAACGUGGGGUGCAAGAGUUCCUCAGAUGAGGGCUGUAGUAAGACAAGGAGCCAGCCCCAAUGGAAAUAGCCCAUUAUCGAGAUCUAACCGGGACACUAUCUAAAGCAAAGCUGAAAGUUCAUCAAGAAAUUUAAGAAGCCAAAAGAUCCCCAGGAUAACUAGAAGCAAGACUAUGAGGAGUAAUGUAGCUUGGAAUGAACAAGAUGAAGAUACCCACCUUCAAUCUAACGCUUAAUGUGGAAAAAGGCUGUUUUCUUGGAGCCAGGGAGUCAUGAAAGAAACUCAAGAAGACAACUUGGAUAAUGAACGGAAGAUAAAAAGAAAACAAAAAGAAUGUGGCAUAUAAAGGGUAUAAUACCUGGAGGUAUUAGAUCUGACUCAUAUUUAUAAAAAUGAGACAAGCUUUCACAAAAAACAAGUUAUCUUAGACAGUCAUCAAGCUUGGAGCCAUGCUGUUGAACUAGAAAUUCUCCUUUUCCCCAUUCUCCUUUCUGACAGGUAACAAAGGAUUGGUGAAUUAUGAUUUUCCCAAGUUGGAAGCACUAAUUUUUAUCUAUAUAGUUCAUCCUUAUGAAUAUAUAAGGAGUUAAACAUUGCAUAUUUAAUGUGGAUUAUAAUGGGAAAGUGACUCAUUAACAAAAAUGGCCACUUUUAAGGACUUGGUUUCAAACUGAGCUGGAGCCUCCCAAUGCACUUUGUACAGUUUGGGGAAAGGUGUACUGAAUGGCCUUCUCUGGGAGGCCAUGAUGAUAUGUAGUAAAAGGAUAUCAUCUUACUGUUGAUAUCUUUGAAGACUCAUAAACAGAAACAGAAAAAUGAAUGGUGGAAAGGAGUGUGACGGAGGGGACACGGAUGGAGGGCCACCAGCAGUGCAAGUUCCCGUUGGUUGGCAGCGACGGGUGGACCAAAGUGGAGUGCUCUAUAUCAGUCCCAGUGGGUCUUUAUUAUCCUGCUUGGAGCAGGUGAAGACUUACUUGCUGACUGAUGGAACAUGCAAGUGUGGCCUAGAAUGUCCUCUCAUUCUUCCCAAGGUCUUUAAUUUUGAUCCUGGAGCUGCUGUGAAGCAAAGAACUGCUGAAGAUGUUAAGGCGGAUGAAGAUGUCACCAAACUAUGCAUACAUAAAAGGAAAAUUAUUGCUGUGGCUACACUUCAUAAAAGCAUGGAAGCACCACAUCCUUCACUAGUUUUAACGAGUCCUGGUGGUGGAACAAGUGCAACUCCAGUAGUUCCUACUCGAGCAGCAACUCCAAGAUCAAUGAGGAAUAAAUCACAUGAAGGAAUUACAAAUUCUGUGAUGCCAGAAUGUAAGACUCCUUUCAAGUUGAUGAUAGGGGCAUCUAAUGCCAUGGGUAGGCUUUAUGUGCAAGAAAUGGCUGGAAGCCAGCAACAAGAACUUCAUUCUGUCUAUCCUAGGCAGAGAUUGGGUAGUAAUGAGCUUGGACAGAAGUCUCCGUAUCGUGGCAGUCAUGGUGGGAUGCCCAGUCCAGCUUCAUCAGGAUCACAGAUAUACGGAGAUGGCUCAAUCUCUCCUAGGACUGACCCACUUGGAAGCCCUGAUGUUUUCACAAGGAACAAUCCCAAUUUUCAUGGAGCACCCAACUCUAGUCCUAUUCACAUGAACAGGACACCUCUGUCUCCACCAUCGGUAAUGCUACAUGGUUCUCCCAUACAGUCAUCCUGUGCAAUGGCUGGAAGGACUAAUAUACCUCUUUCCCCAACCUUGACCACGAAAAGCCCAGUAAUGAAAAAACCCAUGUGUAAUUUUUCAACUGGUAUGGAAAUACCACGAGCGAUGUUUCACCAUAAACCGCCCCAAGGUCCACCCCCACCUCCUCCACCACCUUCUUGUGCUCUUCAGAAAAAGCCAUUAACAUCGGAAAAGGAUCCACUUGGCAUACUUGACCCUAUUCCUAGCAAACCAGUAAAUCAGAAUCCUGUUAUCAUUAACCCAACUACUUUCCAUUCAAAUGUCCACUCUCAGGUACCCGUGAUGAAUGUAAGCAUGCCUCCUGCUGUCGUCCCUUUGCCAAGUAAUCUUCCUUUGCCAACUGUAAAACCUGGUCACAUGAACCAUGGAAGUCAUGUUCAAAGAGUUCAGCAUUCUGCUUCAACUUCCCUCUCCCCUUCACCAGUGACAUCCCCAGUUCAUAUGAUGGGAUCCGGGAUUGGAAGGAUUGAGGCUUCUCCCCAAAGAUCACGUUCUUCUUCUACAUCAUCAGAUCAUGGAAAUUUCCUGCUGCCUCCAGUAGGACCACAGUCAUCCUGUAGCGGUAUUAAAGUUCCUCCCAGGUCCCCAAGGUCAACAAUAGGGUCACCAAGACCAUCUAUGCCAUCUAGCCCUUCCACCAAGCAUGAGGGACUUAAUCAAUACAAGGACAUCCCUAACCCAUUAAUUGCUGGAAUGAGUAAUGUAUUAAAUCCUCCAAACAAUGCAGUUUUUUCUACUGCAUCGGCUGGAAGUGGUUCCUUGAAGAGUCAGCCUGGUUUGCUGGGAAUGCCUUUAAAUCAGAUCUUGAACCAGCACAAUGCUGCCUCUUUUCCAGCAAGCAGUUUACUCUCAGCAGCAGCCAAAGCACAGCUAGCAAAUCAAAAUAAACUUGCUGGUAACAACAAUAACAGCAGUAGCAAUUCUGGACCUGUUGCCAGUGGAGGCAACAACGAAGGACAUAGCACUUUAAAUACCAUGUUCCCUCCUGCUGCCAGUGUACUUCUACCAACGACUGAAGGGCAAAGUGGCCGAGCAGCACUGAGAGAUAAAUUGAUGUCUCAGCAAAAAGAUCCUCUGAGAAAAAGAAAGCAGCCGGCCACCACGGUGUUGAGUUUGCUAAGACAGUCUCAGUUGGACAGUUCUGGAGUUUCCAAAGCUGGAUCUGAUUUGAUAAGAAAGCAAAGUCAAAGCUCAUUUCCCGUCAGUUCUAUGUCCCAGCUACUUCAGUCCAUGAGUUGUCAAAGCUCUCACAUGAGCAGCAAUAGUACCACCAGUUGUGGGAGCUCAAAUACUGCUUUACCUUGCUCUGGUAACCAGAUGCAUUUUGCAGACACCAGUAUGAACUCUGGCAGUCUCCAGAACUCACUGGCACAGAGUUUACCCUUGCGAGGGGAAGGUGUGCACUGCCAGAACACAAACACUAACUUUGUCCACGGUACUAGCCCAGGCACAACCAACCAUCUUGCAGGUUUAAUAAAUCAGAUGCAGGCUAGUGGGAACUGUGGGAUGCUCAGUCAGUCAGGAAUGGCUUUAGGAAAUUCAUUACAUCCAAACCCACCUCAGUCAAGAAUCCAGGCAUCCUCCACUCCAGUGAUACCAAACAGCAUUGUUAGCAGCUGUAAUCAAACAAGUCCUGAAACAGGGGGUUCAGGACUGUCAUCAUCAAUAGCCAUAGCUGGCACCAGCCAACCUGCCAUGACAAAGACAACAUCUGUGCUUCAAGAUGGUGUUAUAGUCACUACUGCAGCUGGAAAUCCACUUCAGAGCCAGCUGCCCAUUGGGAGUGAUUUCUCUUUUGCUGGCCAUGAACACCCACUUCAUUUUCCGCAGAACAGCUCUUCAAACAACAAUCUUCCACAUUCUUUGAAUCAAAACCUCCUCAAUUCUCUGCCUAUCUCUUUGCCAGUGAAUCAGCAACAUCUCCUAAACCAGAAUCUAUUAAAUAUACUUCAGCCUUCAGCAGGAGAAGGCAAGUCUGAGGUCAAUCUCAACCCUUUAGGUUUUCUCAACCCGAAUGUAAAUGCUGCUUUAGCUUUUCUCUCCAGUGACGUGGAUGGGCAGGUAUUACAACCUGUUCAUUUUCAGCUUCUAGCAACCCUCCUUCAGAACCAAGCCCAAGCAGCUGCCAUGCUUCCCCUACCAUCUUUCAAUUUGACCAUCUCAGAUUUGUUGCAACAGCAAAAUAAUCCUUUACCCUCAGUAACACAGAUGACAGCCCCACCUGACCAUUUGCCAAGCAAUCAGUCAGAAAGCAACAGGGUGGAGACCCUUUUAACCAACCCCCUGGGCAACCCCAUACCAAGCUUUUCAGGCACUGAUACUACUUCUAACCCCCUGCUCCUCCCAGCUGUCUCUGGGGCCUCAGCGUUAAUGGCCUUGAAUCCCCAGCUGGUGGGAGGUGUCCUGAACUCUGCAUCGGGCAACACCGCUAAUCAUCCAGAGGUUUCCAUAGCCACCUCCUCCCAGGCAACCACUACCACAACCACUACAUCAUCAGCAGUGGCAGCACUGUCUGUCUCAACCCUGGGUGGUGGGACAGCAGUGGUGUCAAUGGCAGAAACAUUGCUGAACAUAUCUAAUAAUGCUGGGAAUACAUCUGGUCCAGCUAAACUCAACAAUAACUCUGUGGUGCCACAGCUACUUAACCCUCUACUGGGGACAGGUCUGCUUGGUGACAUGUCAUCUAUAAACACUACUUUGAAUAACCAUCAGCUGAGUCAUCUCCAGUCGCUAUUAAACAACAAUCAGAUGUUUCCUUCAAAUCAGCAGCAACAGCACCUUCUCCAGGGGUAUCAGAACAUGCAGGGCUUUCAAGGCCAGCCCCCAAUUCCUGGCCCAGCUAACAACCCAAACCCCAUGGCAUGUCUAUUCCAAAACUUCCAGGUGAGAAUGCAGGAAGAUGCUGCUGUCCUGAACAAAAGAAUGAUCACUCAGAUGGGAAUGGCACCAGUUCCUGACAGCUCCAACACUAUGCUUCCUCCUUUCCAAGAAACAUCUUGUGAUUUGCAGCAAAGAACUGAACCAUCUCUUGGACAACAAGCAAAAGAUAACCUCACUGUUGCUGCUCAGGGUGAUACAUCGGUGGACGCGAUCUACAAGGCAGUUGUAGAUGCUGCAAGCAAAGGGAUGCAAGUAGUAAUCACCACUGCUGUUAGCAGUACAACACAGAUGAGUCCUAUUCCAGCUUUGAGUGCCAUGAGUGCCUUCACAGCCUCAAUUGGUGACCCGUUAAAUCUUUCUAGUGCUGUCAGUGCAGUAAUCCAUGGAAGAAACAUUGCUGUUUCUGAUCAUGAAGGUAGGAUAAGGAGCACUAGAGGAACACGAAUACUGAAGAAUUCAGAGCAUGGUAAAAAUUCAAGUGAAGGGGAUGGGUAUGAAUAUUACAAAUCAUCAAGUUGUAACACACCCAAGAAACAGUGGGAAGGGGAGCAAAGUCCUGUCAGUGAGGUAAAUAGGUGGAAAUGUGAUGAGUUUCUAGACCACUCUACCCAUAUCCAUAGUAGUCCUUGUCACGAAAGGCCCAAUAACAUCUCCGCACUACCGUUAUUACAAGGCGAGCAGCAUCAGAUACUGUUAUCACAGCGAAACUGUCAAAGUGAUAAAAUGUUGGAGGAGAAUUUCAGGUAUAACAAUUACAAAAGAACUAUGAUGAGUUUUAAGGAAAGACUGGAGAACACUGUGGAACGAUGUGCACACAUAAAUGGAAAUAGGCCUCAGCAGAACAGAGGAUUUGGGGAGUUGCUGAACACUUCUAAACAAGAGCUGAUUCUGGAAGAGCAAUCUCCAAGUUCCUCAAAUAGCUUGGAAAGUUCGUUAGUUAAAGACUAUAUCCAUUACAAUGGAGAUUUUAAUGCCAAAAGCAUUAAUGGGUGUGUGCCUAGCCCUUCAGAUGCUAAAAGCAUCAGUAGUGAAGAUGACCUAAGGAACCCAGAUUCCCCUUCUUCAAAUGAGCUGAUACAUUACAGGCCGAGGACGUUUAAUGUUGGCGACUUGGUCUGGGGCCAAAUCAAAGGACUGACUUCAUGGCCUGGAAAGCUAGUAAGAGAAGAGGAGGUUCACAAUUCAUGUCAACAAAACGCUGAGGAGGGGAAGGUCUGGGUAAUGUGGUUUGGUGUUCAUACCUUCACUCAGGUGGAGCCAGAGAAGUUGAAGACACUAACAGAAGGUCUAGAAGCUUACAACCGAGCCAGAAAAAGGAACAGAAAAAGUGGAAAGCUAAAUAACCAUUUAGAAGCUGCUAUACAUGAGGCCAUGAGUGAACUAGACAAAAUGUCUGGGAAUGUCCACCAAAUCCCACAGGGAGACAGACAAGUGAAGCCUCCAAAACCCAAGAGGAGGAAGAUCUCUAGAUAACAUUGAAUGUCUUUGUUACUGGUCCAGUACUUAUCAAAAUGAACAUGCACAUAGGUCUCUAUGUAGGUAUUGAUAUAGACAUGGUUAUAUCAAUAUUUAUAUGAAGACAGAUAGAUACCAUCACAGGGUGCUACGUGGAUUAGUGGUACAAUAUUUUUGAUGAUUAGGAGGGAUAGUGGUUGCUGGAUAAGCCAAUCAGAAAUCUUGAAAGGUUGCAGUAACAAUGUCAGAUGAUUACUGAAAUUUUUUUUUCUAUAAUACUAAAAUUGUGAUUAUAAGGAAUAGUCCAAAUGUUUCUGAGAAAUUUUCAUUGUGUAUAUAGAUAAUACAGAAUUUCAUGGUGAUAUCUGAAAUGUAAAUAUUGUACAAUAUUGUCAUGUACAAGCGUACCUAAUGCACACUUUAUCUUUUAUUGUACAAAAAAUAGUGUACAAAAUUCUUUGGUUUCUAUUGAGUACACAUACAAGAGACUACCAGUGUAAAGUGAUAAAUAAAAAUACAGCCUAAAUGCUUUUAUAUGAUAAUGUAAAAGAUGCUGUUUUUGUAUUUAACAGCAGAGAGAAGGCAUGAUUAUGUAAUACCUUAAUUAUGACAUACACUUCACGCCACUGAGUGUUCAUUGAUACUGUCUGUUUGGAAUGAACCUUGCCUGGAAGUACUGUACUCCAUUUCAGGUCUCUGUAGGAGAGUGCAAACUUGCAGAUUCCUAAUGGGAUGUGGGAUCACAGCUCUAAUUAAUAAUUCAAAGGCUGCAACUGUCAGUUGCGUUUUUAUUUACGUAGCUUUUAAAGUAGAAUGCUGUAGAUUUUAUUAAAAAGAGAAAAAAGUAGAUGGACUAUUUUAGUCAACCAUUUCUGUAGUUAAAGUUUCAUAGCCACCUGAGAAACUAAACAGUUUAUAUCCCCCAUAACAUUGACCCCUCAAAACCCCUAGAUUUAUUAGCUUAAAUUAUCUAACGUCAUUAACCAUCGUGUUUACUUUUAAGGGGGCAGAGGCCCUGCUUUAAUGAUGUGAUCAGUAUUGAUUACAGUUUGGUUUUGCAGUAGAAUGAAAGGGCAUGCUCCGCAGCGUUCGUAAAAGUAAUUCCAGUACCCAUCUCACAGUAUUAAAACAAAAAAAAAUUAAGGGUGGCUUACAAAACUAUUAGCAACAGUAAUUUUUAUCAGUAUUAUGUAACAUAUCAGAUUUAUUUUAUUUAAAAAGAAUUAUUUAUACCAUUAACAGAUUCUUAUAUAUAUUAAUGUGGCUGAAAUGUGCAGGUUAAAUCUAUUAACCAAAUUAUUUAUGUUAUAUUAAGUGAGAAAUGUGAAACAUAUGUAGAAAAAAUUAAUACACUACAGAUUUAAAAGUCUAAAGCUAUGAGCCAUUAUAAAAUUAACGAACGGAAGUGUAGCACAACAUUAUUUCCAUUUUAUUUCAUUUUCUUUUUAACACGGAUGGUGGUGAUGGUGGUGGAAGCAAUGACAUCCUCUGAUUUCAAGGCUUCCUGACAUAACUCUCAGUUCACCAUUCCUGGUCCUGGAGUGGCAUACGUAACCCCCACCUCUUCGUCCAGGGCCACCACUUACCUCAGAUUUCCCUUUUUCCCCCUUCCCUGAAUUCCCAAAUCUCACUCUCUAGCUAAGGACUGGCAGGGAUCAGCAUCCUGGGAAGCUGGCAGUAUCGCCACUCUCCAGACACCCAGCACUCGGCGCCAGGAUCACAAGUCAUUGCUCCUCUUCCCAUCCACCUUGCCCAAGUCCCAGACUCCUCUCUCUGAAGGACAUGACCGAGACCAGCCGUCCCCGAGGACGACGGGACCCGGCGGCAUUCCCAGCCUCGGCUCUCGCGUGCCAGGGCACGCAGCACUACCUCUGGGCUCGCUCUUGGGCUUUCUCAUGUCUGGCAGAACAGCUCCCACUCCUCCUUCCCCCCAGCCCAAGGGAUCGCAAUAGCUGCACUGGCUACAGGGGCCUGGAGGCAGGAGCCCUUCCUUCCAUGGGGUAGGUUCAUUUGUCUUUUCUGUAACGCCACCGUCCUCCAUGCAAGCUCAUGUGAAGUGAUUGAUUUUCUUUAUUAUUUUUCUCAACUUCUGUCUUUUGGGGGUGUAGUUUAGCUCACGCUUUUCUGUCCUGCGUUGACGUGUUCAUUCAAACAGUUGCUGUUGGCCAUUGUCCACGCCAGCUGCUUUCCCACUGUCUUUCCACACCCGCGUGGGUUUUAACUCAUCAUUACAUGCGUGCGUGUGUAUGUGUGCGUGUGCGAGCGCCUGUCUCGAUUUAGGUUCUUCCUCCCUUUGCUUUCUGUCCUAGAACCGAGUUUGUAUUGACUGACCCCUUCUUUUGGCGUUUUAACUAAUUAGGUUUGUACUUCCUCACCAAUGUAUACUUUACAUCAGUAGACUAUGUAAAGUAUUUUUGUGCACUUGAUUUCAUUGGUUAAUAAUGGCAUUGAUGUGGGUGCUAGGAGUAGCUUGUUUCAGUCCAUACCAAUUUUUUUUCUCUUUUAGAGUUUUUAUGGUUUCAUGUAAGCAGUUAAUGUAAAUAUUGUGAGCAUUACAGGUCAUGCAGUGUUGUAACAUUUUAAAAAAUGUUGCACCUACUUUAUGAUUAAAAAACUGGUCACUCAUACUUGAAUUUUGCCCAUAGAGCCAUUUCUUUCUCUUUGCAUUGAAGCAUAAUAUACUUUUUUGAUGGAGGCCCAACCCUUCUUUCUAUCUUAUUAUUUUUUGUUUAAUAAAUCUAUAUUUUUUCUAAUAGAAGACUUAAAAAUGAAAAUUUAAAAAGUACUUUUUGCCUACUUUCUAAUUUAAGAGAGAAUUCCUAUAUUUAAAAGGUGGAAAAAAAAAAUACUCCAUUGUGGAAAGUGGAACACCACUUUAUAUGUCAUUAAUAUGGCACAAUCACACGAAACUGAACUGGCUGAGUGAAGUGAGCCCACGAUGUCAAGCAGUAUCUCAGUAGAUUAGGGAACGACAUGAUUCUUUGAGAAUGUAAAGUGUUACAUAUUCUUGUCUAUUUAUUUAUUUAUUUAUUAUGCUUUCUUUUGCUAAGUGGGUGACAAUGUGGUUGAGUCAUUCAGAUGACAUUCAAAUUAAAGGAAAUAUUCCUCUUUCUAUUAUGGUGCAUUUUGUGAACACCAUAAAAAAAAUAUUUUCAUUUAUUUCAAUGGAUUUUCUUCAUAUUUUCACUUCUGACAGAAAAUGUUUGGCUGGUAUCAGCUGCAAAAAUAAUAUCCACAUAGUUUAAAAAGAAAAACUUGCAAAAAUCAAAAAAAACCCCAACCCACCUCUGAUGUCCCAGGUCUGUUAUCCUCACAGUCUGAGGUUUUAGGGGUUAAAAAGAGCUUAAAAUUUAAAGGUAUUUCCUAAAUCAGCUCUGCAGAAGGUGUCUAAGUAAUGUGAUAUCCUUUUGGAGUCCCUGAGUUUGAUGGUAUAGAGAUAUUAGAGGGCUCAUGGUGGACUGAAUUACCUUAGGACUGCUACCUUUCUUAGCUACAGUUUGUAUUUUGCUAUGUAGGGUUGUAAUGUGAGAAUUCCAGAAGAGCCGUAGCAUAAAAGUGCUUUUCUAUUUUUAAAAAAAAACCCAUUCUAGUCUUACUAAGAAUUAGAGAUUUUUUUAAUAUCAGUUUUGUAAUUUUUGAUAAAGUUGUCAAUAUUAUGAUUAAAUCACCAGAAAAAAAAGUUACUGUGAUGUUCUCUUCGGGGCAGGGCCUAUGUCUUCCUGUGUAUUUGUAAGAUGCCACAAUGGAAUGCCCAGUCUUAAAUGGGGCCAUGGGCACCACUAUCAAAUUAAGUAGCAACCAACAAUGCUGAGGUUGAUUUAAAUGCAUAAAAGCCAAGAGAAUUUACAGAUAAGACUGCAAAUCCUUAGUUUGCCUGCUGUGUCCUCUGGGAAGGCAGUACCAUCGGCUGCAACAUCCGAAGGGUAAGUUGGGGAAGCCAGUGGCUGUCGAAGCUUUUGCUCAUGUAACCCAGGACCUUCUCAUCAAAGUCAAAACAGACCCGCUCCAGCAACAUGGCCCUUGGUCCCCUCCCUCUCUCUGCUGUUUUUAUCAGUAUUAACUUCAUGUUUCAGGAUUCACCCAAAAUACCCAGUGGUUUAAGCACAUUACUGAUUUACAAAAUCCCAAACACAGAAACAGAUAAUUUAGUUCACAAUCCAGUGCAAGCACAGUUCACACUGGUGUUGAGUCAACUCUAGAAAAACACUUUGAGGCUU